AUGAGUAAAAAUGAAAAUGUGUACCCGGUAGAUGAAAUAUAUUCAAAAAAAUAUACUACAAUACUAUCUAUAGCCGGUUCUGAUCCAAGUGGAGGUGCUGGUAUUCAAGCCGAUUUAAAAACGUUCUCCGCUCUUGGGUGUUACGGAAUGGCAGUCAUCAGUGCUCUUACAGCGCAAAAUACCCAAGGUGUACAAGGUAUUCAUUCACUGCCAUCAGAAUUUGUGGCAGCUCAACUGAAAUCGAUUUUGGAUGACAUUGUCGUUGAUGCUGUUAAAAUUGGCAUGUUAGAGAGAGGUGAAAUCAUUGAUCAAAUAGCUGCUCAUCUAACACGAUUUAAGGGCAUUAUUGUUGUCGAUCCUGUUAUGUUCGCUAAAAGUGGUGAUCAACUCAUUAAAGAUGAUGCAAUUGAAGCUUUAAAACAGAAGAUACUACCAUUUGCAACCGUUUUGACACCGAAUAUUCACGAGGCAUCUCGUCUUGCUGGUGUAGAAAGAAUCGAAACGAGUGAAGAAAUGGAAGUAGCUGCUUUCAAACUCGUAGAAUUGGGACCAUCUGCUGUAAUUAUCAAAGGUUCACGGCCUCGGUUAGCUGGCAGAGACUGUCUUGCCAUAAGAGGAGCCUCUAAAGCGCUAUGGUUUGAAUCAGAGCCUAUUGUGACAAACAAUUUACAUGGAACAGGCUGUACAUUUUCUGCAGCGAUCACCUGUUUUCUAGCAAGAAACAAGGAUAUUGUCACUGCUAUUAAAAAUGCCAAGGAUUAUAUUUCUCAAGCGAUAAGCGAGGGAUCAAAGUAUCAACUAGGACAAGGUCGGGGACCUGUACAUCACUUUUACUCAUGCUGGCCACCUGCCAUCAGUUUUACGCAAGAAGCCUGGUGGAAGAUCAGUCAUCUCUAUCGAAAUAUACUCGAUCAUCCGUUUAUCAAAGAAAUGGGAGAAGGAACAUUGCCGGAGCAAAAGUUUGAGCAUUUUAUUCAACAAGACUAUUUAUUCAUGCGCGAUCGAGCAAAAGCAUAUUGUAUUUUGGUAUCGCGUACUGUAAAUGACGAAGAAUUUCGUAAUUAUUUGGAUGAAUCUGGCAAGGCAAUUUCUAAGAACGCUGAUGAGUUAUUUCGGAAAUAUAAUUUCCCAAAUUUUACUGAUAAUCAACUGAAGAAAGGGCCGGCUUGUACUGGUUACACAGAUUUUAUGCUAUCAAAGGCUAUGUGUGAUGUGACAGAAUGCCUGGUAGCUUUGUUACCAUGUGCAAUAUUAUUUCAAAAAAUCGGAGAACAUCUGAAACAAACCGGUGUCAAAUCGAAUAAUCCAAAAUAUCAGACAUGGAUCGAUAGUUACAGUAGUUUAGAGAGACGACGAGAAAAGGUAGACAAGUUUAUUUGUCUUAUAGAAAAGUUAGUUAUCGGUAAAGAUCGUUUUCUCCUUAUAAAAUCGUUUGAACAAGCAACUCAGUUUGAAUAUGAAUUCUGGGAUGAUGCAUAUCAUUUGAGAAAAUAG